CAAAUUUACAAUGAUGAUGAAUAUCUGAUAUCUUGUCUUAAGCGUAUAAAUUACUGUUUUUCGGAAUAUAAAUGAUGAGCUAUGCCUACCAAUAAUAUUUGUCGACAAUGGAGUUGGUAAGCGUAUGACUUACAUAUCUGUUUAUUAUCUUGUGUCUUUUUCACAACCUCUUUUCUUUUUUGUCACAAUCUCUCUUCUCUAGGAACCAAGAUGGCAAGUGUAGGCUCAGAGGAAUCCCAAGGAUUGGACUGCUCCAUAUGCCACGAUCUCCCAGAAGAUCCCAAACUACUUGCCUGUGGACACACAUUUUGUAAGAAGUGCUUGGCUCUCGUCUUUCAGUCUCAAAUGAAAGAAACUGAGCUAUCUUGCCCAAAUUGCUCCAAGAUUAGUCCCAUCACUGACGGCGAUGUUUCUACGUUAAACACCAACACCGAACUUGAGACGAAAUUGAAAGCCAUGGAGAGCGCGGAGAAGCACUGUUCUGUAUGUGAAGAGGGAGAGGAGUCACCGGCUGCGGCCUACUGCCAAACCUGCAACGAUCAUCUUUGUGAAGAUUGUCUGGAUGUUCACAGAAAGUGGAAGAAAAACGCGAAACACGAAGUGGUGAAUAUAGAUGAUAUCAAGACCGGCGGGGUGAAGGUGAAGCAGUCUUGUCCCAAGCAUCCUGCCAAUGAACGGGAGUGCAUCUGUACAUCCUGCAAAGUAGCCAUCUGCCUUAGGUGCCGUAUGGAAGACCACUCUGGGCCCGACCACAACGUUGAAGAAGUGCCAGAGUUCUUAAUGAGGAUCAAAUCCGACAUCGGAACCCUUCUGGAGAAAACCCGACAGAAGAUGGCGAUCGUCGAGAACCAUGUGAAGAUAGUGGAUGAAGAAAAUGUGAAGGUUGAUGAAAUCCUUGAUCAAAGGAUAGUGAGCAUUAACGAAAUGUUCGAGGAGAGUCUAACAGCGCUGCUGGAGAAAAAGACAAAGCUAAUAGAGAUGUGCCAAGGACAUAGAGAAGUUCUAAUGGCUGAACUACAACACGCAAGAGAAAGCGAUGUUCAAUUGAUUGACGGCUACAAGAGCGCUUCUGAAUUAGUCAGCAACGGAGCCAUGGUUCUGCUUGAGGGUCAAGCUCUGAGUGUCCACAACAAUAUCAGUGCCGACUUGCAGAAACUGUUGAAACAUCGUGAACCGAGUAACGAGCAAGCGACGAACAUCACUAAAAGGGCAGAGAACGUUGAGUUCAGACUUUAUCGUGAUAAGCUUGGCCUCGGUGAAGUAAUCUUGAACAACUGGACGAUGAAGAAGAUAAACGAGUAUGCUCUGUCUGGAUCAGAUGUGUACGAUCUUGUGCCAGUACUUGAUGGCAAGAUGGCAGUUGGGUACCUGGGCGGAGGUGUCGAGCUCUUCACGGUAGACGGACCACAGGAAAUGGUGCGUACUCCAAGCAAGAUGAUGUACAGGCCUUCCACACAGGAUGGAAGAAGGUCCUCAAAGACUGUGCUCCACGACGAAAAUGUUGGGCAUGUAGCCGUCUUGUCUGAUGGCCGGUACGUGGUGCAGAACGAGAAGCACAUCAUCUCACUCUACACACGCGAAUGGAAGAAGGAAGACGUCAAGUUUGAGACGCUGCAGGGAGACGGUUUUGGAGGCAUGGGUGUGGACGUGGAGGAUCGCAUCUACGUGGGUUACUGGUCAGCCAAGAAGAUUCUGGUGUUCAGUCCAGAGGGCGGUGCACCUAUCAGCGAGGUUCCUUGUCACGACUUUGAUCCCACAGAGAUUUGUCCCAUGCGUCACAGCAAGAUGCUAGUCGUCCGUGAUCUUCUCACAGUACGGGUGAUUGACCAAAAGGGCACGGUGAAACACGAGGUCGACAGACGUUUCAUCUCUGGACGGAUGGCUGUUCUACGAGAUGACAACAUUCUGAUCGGUUGGGUGAAGGAAAAAGGCGUGCUGUGUGUUGAUAUGUACAGUCACCAUCUCAAGUAUGUGACCACGGUCCUCUCCGACUUUCCCUUCAAAGGAGAGUUUCGAAUGAUGAGAGAAUUCUCCACCGGAGAGAUUGCUAUUUGCGACAACGAAAAAUUCUACUUGUUUCUGAAGACAAAGUAA